GGCGUAACAGCUACUUGGCUUUCGCCUAUAUUCAAAUCACCUAUGGCAGAUUUCGGUUACGACAUUUCAAAUUUCACUGAAGUUGAUCCGAUAUUUGGCACAAUGGCAGACUUCGAUGCAAUGAUUGCCAAGGCGCACCAACUGGGACUGAAGAUCAUUUUGGAUUUUGUGCCCAAUCACUCGAGCGAUGAGUGCGAGUGGUUCCAGAAGUCGGUACGUCGUGAAGAUGGCUACGAUGAUUUCUAUGUGUGGGAAGAUGGUAAAAUCGAUGCGCAGACAGGCGAGCGUAUGCCACCGAGCAAUUGGGUGAGCGUCUUCAGUGGGUCAAUGUGGACGUGGAACGAGCAGCGUCAGCAAUAUUUCUUACACCAGUUUCUGCCGAAACAACCAGACCUGAACUUCAGAAACCCAAUGGUGCGUGAACAUAUGCUAGCGGUGUUGAAGUUCUGGGCCGAUCGUGGCGUUGAUGGCUUUCGUAUUGAUGCGGUGCCACAUAUUGGUGAAAAACGUUAUGCUAACGGCACAUAUCCAGACGAGCCGAGUAGUGGUUGGAGUGAUGAUCCCAACAGCUACAAUUACCACGAACAUAUCUACACAAAAGACCAACCACUGACGCUUGAAGUCGUUUACGAGUGGCGCCAGUUUUUUGAUGAGUACAAACGGCAGAAUGGUGUAGACACGAUCGCGUUACUUGCAGAAGCCUACUCCUCUGUUGAAGUGCUCAGCGAUUACAUCAACAACGGCACACACUCUGGCACACAGAUACCCAUGAACUUCAAUCUGAUGUCCCUGAUUGGCUACUCGACGGCCAAAAAUGUGGAAGAUUUGGUCAAAGGUUGGAUGGAUACGAUUUGGCCGCGGCAUCAGACGGCCAACUGGGUACUGGGCAACCAUGAUAGCGCACGCUUGGCCAACCGGGUGGGCCGGGAGAAAGUUGACUUGAUGACUAUGCUGGUGCAUGCUUUACCCGGCACUUCAGUCACUUAUUACGGCGAAGAAAUCGGCAUGUCCAAUGUAGUCACUGAAUGCACGCCAGUCUCUUGCGAUGAUCGUGAUCCCGAGCGUACACCCAUGCAAUGGGACACCACAGCGCAUGCCGGUUUCACCACUGGUGCGACAACUUGGCUGCCGGUCUCAGCUGAUUACGAGCAGCUCAAUGUGGCGACGGAACGUAGCGUGGCGCGCAGCCAUUUAAAUAUAUUCAAAGGCAUGACUAAGUUGAAGCAAACUCUAGCUUUCAAGGCUUUCAAGGACGAAAAUGGUUUCUCAUUUGGCGCUGUUUUGCCGCAAGUAUUUCAAGUAGUGAGAACCGCCGCCAAACAGGAGGAAUACCGCAUACUUAUAAAUAUGGGCAACAAAAUAGAAUAUUUGUAUGGCUUGGCAAAUCAGACGAUGGAGUAUGUGCUGCUCAGCCAAUUCUCGCCUCACAGUUAUGGCGAAAAAGUCGAUUUGAGCAAACGGCUAUAUAUGAUGCCUUACGAGGCAGUUGUUCUGCUCUGGUCGACUGAUGGCGACUGAAUGAUGUGCCAGCGGAAAUAUUUUUAUUUUUCUAGUUUGCUUUUAUCAUUAGUAUCUAGAUAAGUGUUGCUUCCAGA